AUGCCCAUGGUGACCGAGUGGCAAUCGUUCGGUCCUCAACCCAAGGGUCCUCCCAAAGACGACGCCGAUGCCGCGGCUCGCAAGGAACGCAAAGUCAAGUGCUCGGCCAUGGCGAAACGUUUGGCAGAUGAAUUCAACAAGAAAGAAUGGAGCGAAAAGAAGAUUACCAAAGAACUCGAUUCCUUGGUGGCGGAAUUGGAAGCCGGCGGCGGCGACGCGUUGGCGGGAGGCGCUACCAUUGAAACGCUGGAACCGCCUUCGGGGACCCGCGACUUUUAUCCCGAAGAGUACCGCGUGCAAUCCUGGCUCUUUGAUCAGUUCCACGAAACGGCCCGUAUGUUUGGAUUCUCGCAAUACGAUGCUCCCGUCUUGGAGCACGUCCGGUUGUACGAACGCAAAGCCGGCGAAGAAAUCACCGGACAAAUGUACGCGUUUACGGAUCAGGAAGGAGCGCGGGUCACGUUGCGACCGGAAAUGACGCCCACAUUGGCGCGCAUGGUACUCAAUAAAACCAAUCUGCAAACGGGAGAUGUGCGUGUGCCGCUCCCGCUCAAGUGGUAUUCCAUUCCUCAAUGCUGGCGCUUUGAAACCACGCAACGAGGAAGAAAGCGAGAACACUAUCAGUGGAAUAUGGAUGUCGUGGGCGUCGAACAUGUCCAUGCCGAAUUGGAAUUGCUGGCGGCCGCCGUCUCCUUUUUUGAGCGAGUGGGUAUCACCUCCAAGGAGGUUGGUAUCAAGGUCAAUUCCAGAGCUGUGCUCGAAGCCAUCCUGGCCAAACAUGGCAUUGAAAAGGGCUCCAAAAAUGAUAAAGGAGAAGAUAUCUUUGCCAAAGCAUGUGUCAUCAUUGACAAGCUCGACAAAAUUGGAGCCGAGGCUGUCACUUGCAUGCUGGGAGAAGACGUCGAUGUCAAGCCAGAAGCCGCCGCCGAUAUUCUUCAAUCCCUAGAGGCAAAGUCCAUUGACGAACUGGCCAACCAACUAGGAGAUGCUGGAAAGGAUAAUCCAGCAAUCAAUGACGUCAAGCGACUCUUUGAACUGGCCGUGGAUUACGGAAUAUCCGACUACUUGGUCCUCGAUGCUUCCGUCGUUCGUGGUCUGGCGUACUACACUGGAAUUGUUUGGGAGGCGUUCGACCGUAGGGGACAACUGCGGGCCAUCAUGGGUGGAGGCCGGUACGACCGUCUGCUGGAGCUCUAUGGAGGUGCGAAAUGUCAAAUUCCAUGCGUCGGAUUUGGAUUUGGUGAUUGCGUCAUUAUGGAACUGUUGAAGGAAUGCAACAAGCUACCUGAUUUGUCGACCGGGUUCUUGGACUAUGUCGUUUGUGCUUACAGUCCAGAGCUUUACGGGGCAGCCAGUAAGGUUGCUGCUGGUCUCCGAAAAACGGGCAAGUCUGUGGAUCUCAUGCCAACACCCAAGAAAAAGGUUGCCAAUUCCUUCAAGCACGCGGAUGUGACCGGAGCGCAGCGAAUGGUGUUUGUGGCUCCCUCGGAGAUUGAAAAGGGUGUCGUCAGAGUGAAAGAUUUGCGUACCAAGGACAAGAACGGCGAAGCCAUCCAAGUGGAUUGUCCUCUGGAUCAACUGGACAAGUUGGAUGAAAUGAUGGCACAAGCGGCGGAAAAAUCCAGUUGA